AGUCGCCGCCCGUCGGGUCCCGCGGGCAGCCGUGCCCGCCGCCUCGCCCGCCGCCACCGCGCCCGCCGCCACCGCCGCCGCCGGGGGACCGGGGCACGCCGCAGGCGCCGAGCGGCGAUGCGGGGCCGCGGCGGCGCCGAGCCCUGACUAAAGAUGGCCGCGCUGCCCGGUGGGAACAUGGCGGGGGGCGGCCGGGGGGCGCGGGUGGAGCUGCUGCUGCUGCUGCUGCUGCUCGCCGCCUGCCUCGGCCGCCGGCCCCCGGCCUCCGCCGCCGCCGCCGCGCCGCCCGCCGCCUCCGUCCCCUCGGCGGAGGAGACGGUGAUCAUCGGCCUGCGGCUGGAGGACACGGACGACGUCUCCUUCAUGGAGGGGGGAGCGCUGCGGGUGAGCGAGCGGACGCGGGUGAAGCUGCGGGUCUACGGGCAGAACAUCAACAACGAGACGUGGUCGCGCAUCGCCUUCACGGAGCACGAGCGGCGGCAGGGCGGGCGGGCGGCGGCGGGGGCGGCGGGGCGCGGCGGCGGCGGAGGCGGCGGCGGUUCGGCGGGAGGCGGCGGCGGAGCCCCGCAGCGCUGCGGCAUCCGCACGUCGGACAUCAUCAUCAUGCCGCACAUCGUGCUCAACCGCCGCACGUCGGGCAUCAUCGAGAUCGAGAUCAAGCCCCUGCGCAAGACGGAGAAGAGCAAGUCCUACUACCUGUGCACCUCCGUCUCCGCCGCCGCCCUGGGGCCCGGCGCCGCCGGGAGGAUGGUGGACGCCGAGGGGCGGGACGGGCCGCCGCCGUGGGGCGAGACCGCCUGGAUCUACCACGACGGAGAGGACACCAAGAUGAUCGUGGGCGAGGAGAAGAAGUUCCUGCUGCCCUUCUGGCUGCAGGUGAUCUUCAUCUCGCUGCUGCUCUGCCUCUCGGGCAUGUUCAGCGGCCUCAACCUGGGCCUGAUGGCCCUGGACCCCAUGGAGCUGCGCAUCGUGCAGAACUGCGGCACCGACAAGGAGAAGAACUACGCCAAGCGCAUCGAGCCCGUGCGCCGCCAGGGCAACUACCUGCUGUGCUCCCUCCUGCUGGGCAACGUCCUGGUCAACACCACGCUGACCAUCCUGCUGGACGACAUCGCUGGCUCUGGGCUGGUGGCCGUGGUGGUCUCCACCAUCGGUAUCGUCAUCUUCGGCGAGAUCGUGCCGCAGGCCAUUUGCUCUCGGCACGGCCUGGCCGUGGGCGCCAACACCAUCUUCCUCACCAAGUUUUUCAUGAUGAUGACCUUCCCGGCCUCCUACCCGGUCAGCAAGCUGCUGGACUGCGUGCUGGGCCAGGAGAUCGGUACGGUCUACAACCGUGAGAAGUUGCUGGAGAUGCUGCGGGUCACCGACCCUUACAACGACCUGGUCAAGGAGGAGCUCAACAUCAUACAGGGAGCCCUGGAGCUGCGCACCAAGACGGUGGAGGACGUGAUGACUCCGCUCCGAGACUGCUUCAUGAUCGCCGCUGAGGCUGUGCUGGACUUCAACACCAUGUCUGAGAUCAUGGAGAGCGGCUACACCCGCAUCCCUGUUUUUGAGGGUGACCGGUCCAACAUUGUGGACCUGCUCUUCGUCAAGGACCUGGCUUUUGUGGACCCCGACGACUGCACUCUGCUCAAGACCAUCACCCGCUUCUACAACCACCCGCUGCACUUCGUCUUCAACGACACCAAGCUCGACGCCAUGCUGGAGGAGUUCAAGAAAGGCAAGUCUCACCUGGCUAUAGUACAAAGAGUAAACAAUGAAGGAGAAGGGGAUCCUUUUUAUGAAGUCCUGGGAAUUGUCACUUUAGAAGAUGUGAUUGAAGAGAUCAUCAAGUCAGAGAUUCUGGAUGAAACAGAUCUAUACACUGAUAACAAGACGAAAAAGAAAGUAGCUCAUCGAGACAGGAAGCAGGACUUCUCUGCCUUCAAGCAGACAGACAGCGAGAUGAAGGUUAAAAUAUCACCGCAGCUCCUCCUGGCAAUGCACCGCUUCCUGGCAACAGAAGUAGAAGCCUUUGGUCCAUCCCAGAUGUCAGAGAAGAUCCUUCUCAGGCUGCUAAAACAUCCCAACGUCAUCCAGGAGCUGAAAUACGACGAGAAGAACAAGAAAGCCCCAGAACACUACCUCUACCAGCGAAACAAGCCUGUCGACUACUUUGUUCUCAUUUUACAGGGGAAGGUGGAAGUGGAAGCUGGGAAGGAGGGGAUGAAGUUUGAAGCUGGUGCUUUUUCCUACUAUGGGGUGAUGGCCCUCACAGCAUCACCAGUUCCCUUGUCCCUGUCUCGUACCUUUGUUGUCAGCAGAACAGAGUUGUUAGCAGCAGGUUCUCCAGCCGAAAACAAGUCUCCACCUCGACCCUGCGGCUUGAAUCACUCAGACUCUUUAAACCGAAGUGAUCGCAUUGACGCGGUGACGCCAACGUUAGGGAGCAGCAACAACCAGCUGAACGCGUCCUUCCUGCAAGUGUACGUUCCAGACUACUCAGUGAAAGCACUCACAGACAUUCAGUUUGUCAAGAUCUCAAGACAGCAGUACCAAAAUGCCCUGAUGGCAUCCCGGAUGGACAAAACACCUCAGUCCUCGGACAGUGAAAACACUAAAAUCGAACUGACUCUUACGGAGCUGCAUGACGGUUUGCCGGACGAGACAGCAAACCUGCUGAACGAACAGAACUGUGUGACUCACAACAAGCCCAACCACAGUAUGCACAGUGAAGGAGCCAUCUAGGAGCUGACUCCCCACAACCCACCCAUCCCAUCUCCUCAGCAGGACCAGCCCUCGCUCCUUCCUGUCUCCUCCCCGAGUGUGACACCGUUAGUACUGCUUGCAACACUGUGCUGCAUCCAGUGUUCUGAGACCAAAGACUUUUGCGUCCGUUGUGGGAGCAAGAAGAGGAAGAAACAGGAAGACGGGAGCAAAGAGCAAGACAGAGAGACUAAAGCCCCAAGUGUACUUUGGGAAUGGUGAGCCACCCUUGAGAACAAUGAUAAUACUUCUUGCAAAGUAGAAUCAUGUUUAUUUUUUAUCUGUAUUUUUGAUCCUUGUUGGGUUUUUCCUCCUCAGACACAUAUGGAGAAGUUUAAAAACUGCUCCGGUUAUUUUUUCAAGAGAGAUCAUGUUUUUGAAGAGUAUUUUGCAGAGUUUUAAAUUGUUUCUGUCCCUCCCCAACCUCGAAUAGGCUCUGUCGUGUUUUGUGAAUUGGCUCUGAUGUCCUUAGGCCUCUUUUCACCCCUCUCUGUUCCUUUUUGUUGCCAUGUCCAAGAAGUUAGUAACUGGUACUUGUUUGUAUUCGUGUCCUAAGAAUGAGUGAGUGAGCUUCAAGGAACCUCUGGUUUCAGCCACCUGGAGGGUCAGGGGAUGAGUAUUACUGCAUUCUUCCAGUUAAGUUUCAGGGAAGGAGUGGUUAUUUUAAUAUUUAACGAUCUCUCAGAUUUCAGAAGGUUUCUUUGUAAAACGGGCAAAUGCAUUGUUACACUCUACAGUUUUGUGACCUCCAAAAACUUCGUGUAUGUUGAAGAUGAUUCUGGGGGGAAGGACUUCAUUAGCAAAGCUGUGGUCUCGUGAGACGAAAGCCAGGUGUAACUUUCGAUACCAAAGUCACCGGGUGGUUUUCUGUUGACACUCCUGACAGUUGCGUGGUGAAGUAAUGUGUGCACCCAAACCCAACGGAGUUCUAAGCACCCACGUGCUGUAGUGGUCUGUACACCGUUAGCUCAGCCAGGGCAGAUUGCAGUGUGUGUUAGUAACGGAGUACAGCAGUCCUUAUCCCUCCCUUAAAUCCCUAGUGUUGACGCAAAAGAUGCUGCUACAGUUACGCCCAAAGUACAUCCUCCAGGUGACAGAAAACCUCUGCCAGUGCAAGGACAGCUCUGCUGAGGAGUUGGGACCAUCCUAUCCUCUCCAGGAACUGACGAAAACUUUCCAGACAUGAGUGUAUUGCACUUCAGGGAUUGAGAGGUUCAUUCCCAGGCUGUUCCCAGCCACAUUCCUUCCGCUGAGUGGUUUUGGUGCAUUUCCUUCUCUCUGGCCCCUUUUAACAGCCAUUUUAGGGAUGACCAUGGUAGCAGAGCAGAGAGCCUCCCGCCCAGGUGCCACCACUGUGGGGCAGCAGGAGCCUGGUCCUCCACCCCAACGCCUGAACGCAGCCUGGGUGCAGCAAGGGGCACCUGUGGCAGUUGUGCAUUGCGUGUUCCCCAGUCCUAUGAAUGGAGUUUAAGUCCUCAAAUGAAAAAGGCAAAACAAAUCAAAAACGUUUUCCCCUCCUUAUCCUCUCCCGUUCCAGUGCUGUCUCAAAACAAAAUGUGAAUGUUGCCCUCAGUAUUAAUGCAAGCAGAGAUCAAUAAACCAGGCAUUGUGAUUUCUCUGUUCCAAGACCCAUGGCCCCUGAUUAUGUAGCAUCUCCUUUCCUUUCUUUACACCCAGAUAGUCUCCCCUGACCCCCAGAGAAGCCCCAAAUGCACCUGCCAGAGCUUUGUGCCCACCUGAGUUAGGGGGGCACUCACCCUCAGUGCCCACGAUCUGCCUUGGUAAAUGUUGGCUGGAAAGGCACAACACUGCUGCAGUAACUCCCUGCAGGAAACUGAGUGUGCAGCUCUGGAGCAGGCUUGGGGACACAAAGCAGGGCCCCGAGGCUUAACUCCUUUAUCAGCUUUGCAUUAGCACGUUCUGGGUCCUGUCUAAAAGCCACCACUCUGAGGCGCCCCGCACUGCACCAGGAGCUGCCGGUGUUGCACCUCUCUCCCAAAGCAAAGUGUUGAGAUGUGACGGUGUUUGCCUUGGCACGGUGAGCCCCUUGCUGUGCUGCUGUUUCUAUAAGUGUUAUUGAAUGUAAAGGUUUGUUGGAAGUGACUGACAUGGUAGUGAACUUGAGAUGCAGUAUCUGUUUUGUAAAGCCUGCCAAAGGAGGGGAGGCUCAAGUGGAGGCUGCCCAUUGGUUAUGACUCUGCUUCCUAGGGCAGGUUAUGGAUUUGUUUGAGUGUCUGUUUCCAUUAAAAAAGAAAAAGCCAAAUUUUCCAACCAAAGCCUUGUGAUCCCAAAGCAAAUACCUCCUGCUUCUGCCCAUGCUGCACUGUUCACAAAUUUCUAGGCCUUUUUUUUUUUUUUUUUGCAUGAUUUUUUCAUCAUAUAUACAGAUCUGAUAAUGGAAAGCGAAAUAAUUUCCAGAAAAAAUAGUUGAUUGUAUAUGUGUUUCAUAUGGAAAAUAUGUACCUGACCCGGAGGGGUUGGGAGCUGCUGCUAUGAAUUAGCUUGAAGCGCAAGGCAUGGUCCUCUCAGCGGAGGGGAAGGAAUCCUAUCUCCCUGUUCUCAGGGAAUUUGCAGUCUUACUGCUUCACAAAGGCAAGGGGCUCCCAGCCCUGUGCUAGGAGCCAGCACAAGCAGAGGAGCCCGCCCUGUUCAUCUCAGAUCGCUCUGGAGCUCGGCUCUCCCACCGGGAUGGAAAUGCUGUGGCUCUGAGCAGUGCCAGCGCUGAGUCUGGUUACCCUGGCUCACUGCUGGCUUCUUCGUUCAGGUGGGCUCAGAUGCCACAACCUGUGCCCCUGUGCCACGUGUGUGCGUGGUGGAGCUGUGGGUCAGCACGGUGGCAUGGGGCAUUGGUGGUGGCUUUGGGAAUCGUUGGGCUUGACCUCAGACCUUGGCAAGGCUUUGGCUUGCAGAAAGGAUACUGCAUCUUCCCGUGUCAGCUCUGCUGCCACUGAGCUCACCGUGUCCGUCGUGGGGUGGGUGGCAGCCUGGGGGCCGGGAGGGCAUCUCGCCAUGGUUUCUACUGUCAAUACAAUUUUGCACAAAGAGUUCUUUGAAGUGACAUUUUAAACACUAAUAUCUUAAAUGCACAACUGUGAAUUAUAACUUUUACACUCCUGUUGGUUGAAUUUCCUUUAAAGAAAUGAACCUGAAUCUGUUGUAACUAUGAUUUUUUUUUUUUUUUUUAAUUCUGUGUAUUGCCAAAUCUUUGUAAAGAGUGAAGGAAUGUUCUUGCUUUCCAAUGAGAAUCUUUCUCCAAACGAGACUGGCUCUGGUGACAUGGAGAUCAUACGAAGCACGUGGCUGAGCGCAGCGGGGCUCGGGUGGGCGCAGCGAGACACCUCUGCCUCUGGAGCUCACGGAGCGCUCUGGUUUGUCCCCUCGCUCAGACCCCAGCUUGUCCGUUGUCCCCAAGGCUCAGGAUGAGGCUUCCCAGGGGUGAGAGCGCAGGGGCUGGGCGCUGUCCCCGGAGGCCGGCGGCAGGGCAGGCUGAGCCCCAGUGGUGCCACCAGCAGCACCUGUCCUCCCCACGCUUCCCUUCCCUGCUCCAGCCGUGCCCCAGCUGUGUUCCCGCUGCCCCUCGUGCUCUCUGUGCCCUGACACGCACACAUGGCACUGCUCUGGGCUGACAGGCCCUGCCUGGGGCCGAGGCCUGCAGGCCUUGGGCUGGGCCACUCCUUCAGCGCUGUGCUCCACAGUCUGCCCCCCCUCUCUUCUACACUUAUUCCCCUUUCCUCACCGCAGGGUUAUUAUCAUUUUUUAUUCUUCUUUUCUUUAAGUGCCUUUUUGUGCGGGUGGAGCAGGCACCUGCAGGAAGCUCUGCUGCCCGUGACACCCACGGACACAUCGCCCUGUGCUGCUCCCCAGCUGCAGGCCCAGUUCCAGAGGUGAGGUUGGCACUGGUGGGACUCUGGCUCAGUUCAGCUCAGAGGAAAGGAAACCAGAGGCGGCUCUGUGAGGGGCUGUCCCCCGACGAACAUCCCGUGUAAGUACCCUGCCCUAAGGAGAGCACAGCCACCUUCUCCAGGACUGCUUGGGAUGUGCAUCUUCCUUGUGCUGAAAUAGACUGUAGAGAUCAUUCCCACGUGAAAGAUGUACCAUAUUUUAUAUGCUGUCUGAUACACGUCUGUGGUUUUAAAACCAGUGCCUAUGUACCAGUUGUUGCAUUAUCCAAUGUCUGGAUUGCCAGUAGGAAGCUGGGGCUGGCGGGUGGGGAGCGAUCUAUAGUGAAAGAGAUAGUGCCAAAGAAGUGCCUGGUCCUUGGAUGUCGAGCGUUGAUUGUUGUUUGAACCAACAAGCUUAACAAAUGGGAGUGGAAACCAGGCAGCAUUGCACAGCAUUGAAGAGGGGGCGGCCUCCAUCCUGACCUGCCAGGCAGAGGCCAAACCCUGCGCUGUGGGCUGGGAAGCUGCCCCUGCCCUGCUCUCUGGUGUCCUCGGUCCAUCAGCUGCAGGGCCCUGCACUGUGAUCCCUGAGACAGCACCAGCGCAGGGGGACACAGUCCUGCUUGUUGUUCUGCUCUUGUCCUGGAGCUUGUCCUCAUGUUCCUCUGUUUUCAGUUUCAUGGCCUUGUCCUCAAACUGUGCCCAGGUGAGGGGACACGGCUGCCUGCUGCAGAUACACGGUGGUACGGUUGAGCUUCUCAGGUUGGAUUUGUGUAGCUGCUCUUGCGUUAGGAGCUGGAUAUGGGCCCUGGGCGUGUUCCCCAGAGCAGGCCUGGGAGCAGGUGGUGGAGGAAAGGUUUCAUGGGUCAGUAGCAUCUAACUCUACCAAAGUGACAUUGUCCUUCUUGUUAUCCUCGUGUCAGACCAUAGGGGUUUUGCGCCUUGCAGAUAAGGUACUCGAGCUACUGCUUUUCUGGCUACACUUGACAAAUGUUGUGAUCUCUCCUGAGGUUUUCCUUCAGGCCCUGGUUUCCUUCAGGUAGGGCCAAUAACGGAGUCCUCCAGAGCUCAGUUCCUGAGCACUUCUCCUUUAGUCUUUUCCCCAGGUGGGCCUGGGCUUGGGCUGAGGCUGGGGGCAGAGCAGCGCCUGCGGCGAGACCUGUGGCAGCUCUGGUGCUUAGGAGGUGGCUUUGAUGUCUCUGUGAUCUGUUCUCUCUCAAAGCAGGACAGGAGUUGGCUGAGCGGUAGGAUUGGUUGGGGAGGAAGGGCUCAUCCCAGCAUUUAGUGCUUGGUGGAGAGGUCUGGCAUCACCUUUCUGCUGUUUGGAGACCACAGAACUUUAUUAAAGGAAGUUUUGAUCCUCUGGGGUUUGCUGUUGAACCCAGCCCUUCUGAAUUCAAGUGAGUGAACUCUAGGUGUCAGAUGAGCAGCCAUAGGCCUUUAGUUGGAAGUGCCAAUACUGAAGGAAUGCCUUAGGGUUUUGUCCAAAGACCAGUGUGGGAGUACAGCAGGGCUCCUGGUGACUGCUCUGCAGCCAGGCCUGGGUCCCUUUACCUGGUGUGCAUUCAGCAGAGCAGCUUGCUUCGCACCUGGAUGCCAAAUAGAUUGAAUCCAAAAACUCAAGUACUUGAGGGCACCUUCCUGUGUCAUCGGGAAACCACAACGAGCUGAACUGUCUGCAGCCGGUGGGCUCUGAAACCAAACCUUUCUCCUGCAUUCGGGAGCACAGCGCAAACCCUCAGCCUGUUCUCCCAGCAGAGCUUUGUGCCCACACUCUGCAGCGUGUGCUCGGGGUGGCUGAGCCCGGCGCUUCCCUGGUCCCUCCCACGUCCCAUUGCCCAUCGCACGUGGUCUUUGCUGAUUGUAUCAUAUUGUACAUUAUGUCGGGUCUCCAGAGUUGUAGUGUUCUGACUACAGUAUUUCCAUGUGUGUACAUAAACCUGAGUAAGCACAACUGAAAUCGUGAAUGAAGUGUAUACGUUUCAUAUACUGAUUGUCAUACGAAUGAAUUUUAUAAUUAUUCUAAUUUUGUUGUAGAUUUCCAAUCUUUCCUAUUUAUUUUGUACCUGAUUUAUUUGUAUAUUUUGUGAUUUUGUUUAAAAGCGUUUUGUUUAUUUCUGUUCUUCUAGAUAAAUGAUGAUUUUUUUUUCUGUUGGACAUUCCAGUUUAUGCAUUUUUCCCUCCUUCCUCCUUCCCCCCAGUUGCAAAGGGCCGGCUGUUGGCACGUGGGUGGUGGGGCUGAUGGUGGUGACCCCGGCCCUCUGCUGAUCAGGAAUUGCUGUUAGUGCUGGGCAGCCUUUAACUCCUCAGCAGCUGUCGGGAGCCAUGGAGAGGCCAGAUCCUGGAGGACCAGGUUGUGUUCUUUGCAUUGGGGUCUGGGGCCAUCCAUUCUGCAGCCAGGGGUGGCAAAGGCAGUGGUUCCUCAAUGCUGAGGGCCUUUUUUCUUCCUCUAAUAAAAAUCCCUUAUUUACAACCUGCUUGCCAUACAUCACAUUUGUUUGUUGGGAAGUGGGAACGCCAUCCGCUUGGCCCUACCUCGUUCCCACUGUGUGUUGUGCAGGGUCUUGGAGUGGCCAGACUAAGAGCGCUGGGGAGAGAAAUGGCACAGGAGAGCGUGGGGCAGGGUGGGUGCAAAGGCCGGGGAAUGGGAAUGGGUUUGCCUGCCUGGUCCUGGGGCAGGAAGGGGCUGGCUGCAUCACUGCCAAGCACUGCCUAGAAAUCAGCAGAAAAAGGGUUUUAUUGACUGUGAGACCCCAGCUUUUCUCCUUCCAUGUAGUGUAACUGUCUGAGGUGGGGCUGGCAGCACCCAGGAUGCACCCAGCAUCUCUGCAUGUGUUCUCUGGAGCAGCAGCUGUGGGGUUCCAGCACCGAGGGCCGGGUCACUGUGAGCAGCUCCUGAGGAGUGAUGGUCCCACAGGUGGGUGCUGGUGGAGCAGUCACACCCAGCUCUGUGGGUGGAGAGAGCCCUGGGCAUGGCACAGGGACUGAUAGACAGCCUCUGUUGGUUGUUGGGCAUUCCUGAUGGCAGCUGUGUUGGCAUUGGCUGUUGUGUGCUGUCUGAAAUUCUUUACUCAGAGGGAGGUGAGGCCCUGGCUCUGCUGCCCAGAGAGCUGUGGGUGCCCCAUCGCUGGACGUGCCCAAGGCUGGGUUGGAUGAGGUCCUGGGCAGCCUGAGCUGGUGGGUGGCACGCAGCUUAUGAGGGGGGUGGAACCAGGUGGGCUUUAAGAUCAGAACCCAAUGGUUCUGUGAUUCAGAGCCCCGCAAGGUGGGACGAGGGAGCAUGGCCUGGCAGACUGCCUCCGCUUUCCCACCAGUGAGUGAGGGCCAGAUACCUUCCAUUGCUCCAGCCUUUCAACAUCUCCCUAUCACAGGCAGAAAUAGCCCUGGGCUAGGAACAAGUUAUUUGUGGGACUACAGAGGCUGAAGGAAUGCGAAGAGCUCCCCACACCGCCCUGCUCAGAGCCUCCUGCCCUUGCCAGCUGCCGAGCUAAAGCCUGAAGAAUCCAAGUGGCUCUGCUUGGAGAAAUGAUGGUUAAACAUAGCAAAUCCCAGCACAGCCUUCAGUGCAAGGAUGCAGGGUAGGAUCUGCCACUCCCGUCCACCUGGGGCUGUUUCCACCUGCUGCCCAGCCCUCAGCCCAGCACUGUGCCACAAUGCACCAGGCACUUCUUAGAAACAUCACGGUUUAUUGACUUGAACAACUGCCACGUCAGUAGCAGCAUUUCCUGCUCAGAGGUGGUGGUGUGUAUUAUUUUUAUUUUCUCCUAAGGUACUUUAAAAUGGGGGGGGGGGGG